GCGCCCCGGAGGAGGUGGAGCUGAGUUUCAUUCGCGAGUUUAGCUGAACGGACUGAUGGAGGGGAGAGAGUUUCUCGCCUCUCUCGGGCUUCGAGUACAGAUCCAGAGUCCUCAACUGCUCCUCAUAUGACAAGUCCUUCUUCCCUGGGAUCAUUCUUGUAAUCCUCCUUCGGACCUCCUUCAAGACCAGCACAUCCUUCCUCAGGCUGGUGGCCUGGCAGGAAUGUGUGUGGAUCUGACACUCUUCCCACUGGACACCAUAAAAACCAGACUACAGAGCCAGCAGGGAUUCUACAACGCUGGAGGGUUCCGUGGAAUUUAUGCUGGUGUUCCUUCUGCUGCCUUAGGGUCCUUUCCUAAUGCUGCACUUUUCUUCGUUACCUAUGACUGUACAAAAUCUGUGCUGGGUUUAUAUGUGUCUACAAAACAAGCUCCAGUUGUCCACAUGAUUGCUGCUUCUGUUGGGGAGGUGGCUGCAUGUCUGAUAAGGGUUCCUUCCGAAGUUGUCAAACAACGAGCUCAAGCCUACCCCUCACUGGGUACCUAUAAGGUGUUCCUUGAUACUAUAAGGCAGGAGGGUAUCCUAGGAUUCUACAGGGGCUAUGGAAGCACAGUAAAACGAGAGAUUCCCUUUGCUCUGGUCCAGUUUCCUCUGUGGGAGUUUCUUAAGGCCGUGUGGUCAUGGAAGCAGAAUCGUGCGGUUGAUUCUUGGCAAGCUGCAGUCUGUGGAGCAUUUGCAGGUGCAUCUGCAGCAGCAGUCACUACCCCGCUCGACCUAGCAAAGACCAGAAUCAUGCUGGCUAAGACAGGCACCACCACUGCCAGUGGAAAGGUGUUACCAGUUUUGAAAGACAUCUGGAAAACACAAGGGAUUUCUGGUUUGUUUUCAGGAAUUGUCCCCAGAGUAACAUGGAUCAGUUUUGGUGGUUUUCUUUUUCUAGGGACUUAUGAUAAAAUGCACAAAUUGCUUCUAUGAUCACGAUCAAGAUUGGAGAUUUAAUACGAGAACUGCACUGAAGUCCAUUUUGUAUUAUAAAUGAUUUUUAUUAGACAUCUUUGUU